AUGUCGUUGAGUCGAUUUGCUCCAGCCCUUCGUGCUCCAACUGGACGCACCUUGGUCUUUGUUCCUCAAAGAUCUGCUCAUGCUGCUGGUAAGUUUUUGGUGGUUUAAGUUACGAAAUGUUUUUAAAAUAUUGUUUUAAGGAUGUUGCACUGUUUUGCUGUCUUUAUUUUGUAAAACUUGAAGUUAUGCUUAAGAAUUGCUACUUUAAACUGUUUUUUUUUCUUCCUAGUAGUUAAAGUAAGGUUUCUGUCACUUCACAGCACUUAUUUAUAGUAAAGCAUGUUAAGUUUAACGUUAAUUUUAUUAUGUUUUAGCUCCAGCUGUCACUAAGGAAGACUCGACUCCAGGAUUCUUCCAAAAGAUCAGCUACAGAUUCAGAGGUAGAUUUUCUUUUUUUUAUUUGGUUUUGUUUAGGGUUGACUGUUUUUGGAUAAAAACGUUUAUUUGGAAGGUUAAGAUGGCGUUAAUAGAAGGAAAACAUGGUUAUUAUUAUUUUACAUUGAAAAACAAAACGAGGUUAUAAUUUUUAUGUAGGUUGAGCUUUCUGGAGAUUAAUUUUGCUGUUUAUUGGUCAAAACUUUUUGAAGCUUCAAAAUAAUAGGAGUUAUAUGAUUUUAAAUAUAUCCUGUUUAAGAUCUGAUAUUAUUUUAUGUUUCAAAGGUGUAUAAUACUAUUUUUAUCAUUAAAUUAUAGGAAUUCCUCUGCCCGGAGAGACUACCGUUCCAAAAUCUAUGUUCGAUGAUAUUGGAAAAGAGUUUGUUGGAAAGCCCAUUCCAUCCAUUGCCAACUACAAGGAGGGACCAGAACGUGACACGGUGAGUAUUUGUCUUUGAUUCGUUUGGCUUUUAGGAGAUAUUAACGUGCUUCGCUAUGGAAGUAAUAAAUUUUACGGUUAAUACAACAUUUUUUAAUUAGUUGUUAUAAUUUUGAGUUUAAGGCUUUUUAUGGUAGGUCGUUUAAAAAGUCUUGCCAUUAAUUCGAGUAUGUUUUCACGUCUUAGAGCGACAAGAGUUUUUUAAGGAAUUUUUAGUCUUAAAGCGUUAUAUUAUAAUGACACAUUAUUUGCUUUUUGAAGUUAAAAUUGCUGAUUUUAGAAAAACUUCCCAUACCCAGAGAGACCGUUGUACCCACCAAAGACUCGUAUGCUCAUGAUUCCCGACUCAUGGUGCACACCUUUCCAGAAGGUUACUGGUACUUCUGGUAAGUCUUUUUGGAGUUUGAACAUAUUUCUUGUAAAAUACGGGAACAUCAGUCAACUGGUCUAAAAAGUUUUAGCGCAGCAAAUUGGAGAGAUUUUAGGACAAUUUUAAAAAUCUAAGACUUAUGUUCACUAUUAAAAUAUAAGAAGUGAACUACUGAUACCUUAAAAUUUAAAUUUUUCAAUACCUCAGGUCCUUACCUCUUCUUCGGAGGUGUCUUCUCCUUCUACAUCAACAAGGAGUUGUUCGUCUUCGAAGAGCAAGCUAUGAUGUUGUCCGGAUGGAUUGCUUUGUACCUAAUCUUCUCUCGCUCGCUUGGCUACAAAGCUGACGUUUGGGCCCACAACGAGCUUCACAAGGAGUGGGAUGGAUACAAGCAAAUCAUUGCUGAUGAUCUUAAGGACGCCGUUGAGUUCCGCAAGGUAAAAUUUUUGGUUGGCAUGAUUUUUGACAAUCAAAACUAAAGCACUAUUUUUUAAAAUGUUUUUUAUUAAAGUUUCAUCAAAAGAACGAAAAUCAUAUAUAGUACUUUUUCAAUUUUUAGCUAACAUUUUAAACAUUUUUGAACUUUUAAAAUAAGUUUUCAUUUCCAGACUUCUGCCGCCGAAGCCGCUUCAUACGAAGCCGUGAAGGGCGACUUCCCAACUAUCUUCAAGGAGAACUUGGCCCUCCAGCUCGAAGCCACCUACCGUAAGAACGUCGAGACUGUAGCCACCGAAUUGAAACGCCGCAUCGACUACCUGAAGGAGGUCGAAGCCACCAAACGACGCUUCGAACGCGACAUCUUCGUACGAUCCAUCAGCGAAGGCGUUCAGAAGGCCAUCGACACCAACGAGGGCAACAUCAAGAGCAAGUACCUGGACGACUGCAUCGCCCAGAUCAAAAACUUGAAGGUCUAA